AUGGGUAACGGGUUCCCUUCCAAAGCCGGCCUUAGCCCCUGGUUAAUCAGUUUCGAGGGCGGACCUAUAUCAGAAAGGUUUCGCGUGCCAUCAGUUGGGGACCAAAUUGAAAAUGACAGGAGGGAGCUUGGGCUGAGAGAUGCCAGCCAGGGCUUGAUAACUCCCAAUUCAGCAUCGCAUUUCGCAGACAUCCCUCACACCCAGGCUUACCUCAAUAGCAAUAUCAGCGCGCCAUCACCAACAGCACCAACGGCCACUAUCAUUUCCAUAGACUCAUUCUAUGUCCUUGCCGUCCGUGCAUACCAGGAAUCCGUACGCUUCCCAGACUCCCCGCCACCCUCUGUCUGGGCGCCUGGCGACCAGCUCCACCCGUACUAUACGCAAAUCCUCAGCGCGUUCUUUGACAACUUCCACGCCCAGCUCCAGCAGCAGCAACUCCCGGGAUUCCCGACGAUAAUGAGCAGAGAUGCCUUCCAUGAUGAAUGGCUCAAACACUCUCGCAGUGUCCUAGACAACAUCCGCGCGGACUGGAGCAAACGGCCACAAGGUUCACGGGCUCGUGUGUUGGCGACAACCAUCGCUGUCAGAUCGACCGCGAACAAUACGGCGUAUAGGCCUGUAGCGAAUGUUGCGCUGCAGCAGACAAUGGCGCAGCCAACGGCGCCGCCAAAGGAAGGGUGGAGGAAAGGGCAGCCGUUGCAUCCAUACUAUGAGCUAAUGUUGAGGAGGUUUGAAGAUCAAUUGGGGAGGUUGUUGGAAGCAGAGUUUGGGGGACCGGUGAUGUUUGAGGGGGGACGGACACUGCAGGCAGAGACUUUUGAGUUUGAAGUUAUUAUUAUGCGGGAGUAUAGGAAGAUGUGGAUUGAAAUCUUUGGGUAG